ACUUUUAGUUAUGUAUGAAUUUUCUAUACCACCAUAAAGAAAGGUAUGUGUCAGAAUGACCAAGUCAAUCGGACUGGAAUCUAAGUCUGAUCUUCAAAAAUGAGCUGCCACUCAAACCAGAAUUUUAUUUAAUUGUUUUGAGAACGUACUUGAAAUUUAAAAUUAAGUUAGAAACUAGAAGCAAAAAACCAGUCACUGUAGUCAAUUAGAAAUUUCAGAAAAAAACCACUCUGCUUCCAAAACACCUUAAGCCAAAUUCAUAUCAGAAAUUUGAAUCCAGUAAAGCAGAAAAAGAAAAAAUGAUUGAUAAGGAGCUUGAAGUUGCAGAUGAUUUGGGUGAUAGCCAAAUUUCUGAGAAGUUUUCAAUAGCCAUUGACUCAUCCAUUUUGCAAAACCAGAAUGGAAGAAGCCAAGGAGCACAAGAGCUGCAGAAGAGAUUGAAAAAUUUGAGAUCAAUCAAGCUCUCAAAAUCACCAAGCCUGAAGUCAUCUAGAAGAAGGGCCAGGCAGAGAUCCAAUAAUCACCAUGUAUGCAGUGAUGCAGCAAGCUCAGCAGCACAAUCAAUUUCAUCUGAUAUGUCAACCUGUUUUGAUACAAGUACAGAGAAUCUACAGAAUUCAACAAGAACAAUAACAAGGCGGUCUAGUUUUAAGCCUGUAAGGAAUUUGACAAGAAUUUCUAGCUUAAAAUUCAAGAACCCUUCGAUGAGGAAAAGCUCUGGAGGAACUCAAAUGAAUAAUCUGAAGAAAUCAAGAAUGGCGGGUAACCCUGCAAAUUCCGAGAGCUCAAGACCAUCUGCAAGACAAAAGAAAUCUGGGCAUGUUGGGGUUUCUGCCAUCUCAUCCAGUGAUACAGAUUCAGCAUCAUCAACCUUUUCAAAGGAUACCUGCGGCUCCAAUGGGAGAAAGAAACAGUUUCAGGCAAGUCCUCAUACUUCUGAAUCAAGUUUUUGCAGUAGUAUUGAGACUAGGAAAAGAUCAGUAUUUUCAAAGCCAAACUCAGCUUCUGCUGGUCAGAAGUCACCUUUGAAUGCCUCAACAAAAUUGGCUAGAGCAAAAUCCAAGAAGUGUUCCAUGAGGAAACACUCUGAACAAAUCUCUCAACUUCCAGACUUGAGUGUACAAAGAGCUACAUGUUCUUCGGCACUCAAAGGUUCCAAGUCCCCUGACAUCCGGGGUCUUCAGGCAGAAGGAACUGAAUCUGAGGGAAUUUCAUGCACGAAGGUUUGUCCAUUCACUUAUUGCUCUCUUCAUGGCCAUCGGCAUGCCAGUGUACCUCCACUGAAGCGCCUCAUUUCGAUAAGGAGGCGCAUGUCGAAGACUCAGAGGAGCAUGACACCGGCAACUCAACCCCCGGUCAGGGUGAAAAGAUCUGGCAAGAUUAAGGAGGAUCAGACAAAUCAGAUGGGAUGCAAUGGUGAAAACAAUGAUGAUUUUUCAGAUAUUUCUGAAAAGCUGCUUGGUGAAACUUCAAUUCCUCAUAUAGAUUUAGAGGAGAGACUGCACACUGUAGAACAGCAUGCUUCGGUGUCCCUCUCUGCACCUGAUGGUUUAAGUCCGGAAUGUUGUUGCUCUGGAACAGAUUUUGAAGCCACCAACACGGACAGGAAAGAUGAAAAGAUUGCUGUAUCUAACCACAAUGAAGGUGCUCAAUCCACUUGCACAAAUAGCCUGAGCAAUAUUGAUCCUACAUCGAUUGAAAAAAGUACGGCGUUCGAUGAUUGUGCAGCUGUCAAACCACCUCAUCAAUUGGAAAGAGCAAUCCCUGAUGAAGUUGUUGAAUCAAUAAGUGAUAAUGAACACAAUGAAAUCUCUUCUUCUGAUUGCCAAGCAUUGGAGGAAAAAAUUGCUUCUAAUGAGAACAAAAAUGGAAGUGUGCAGCCAGAAUCUAAUCCCAAAAAGGCCAAUAAUGUGGCAGUGGCACACAGUGUACAGUCAAAAGAUCACAAAUAUAUCCGAAUGUGGCAGUUGAUGUACAAGCAUGCAGUAAAAGGACCUUCUGCAAGUGUUGAAAACCAGCGCUCUCUUGGUGGACUGGACAAGGAAGAGCAAGUAGAUGGUACCAACACUGUAUUUGAAACCAACAAUUUAAGUUUUACUGAAACAGAUGAGCAUACAGCUUUGAUAAAUCACAGUGGAGGAGACCAAAACAUUGAGCUCUGCCAUCAUGAUGCCUUUAAGCUGGUACAGGAUGCUUUCGAUAACAUCCUUCUCCCGGAAGUUCUGGACUGCGCGUAUGAUGAUCAAUCCUUUACUAAUGGCAUAAGUUCAGACCAGGAAGCAUCGGGACAGAGUCAAGAUGAGUGUAGGGAGCAGAGCACCUCACAUUCCAGUCAUUCUUCUGAAGACAGUAAGGUACAAAAUCCAGAAGAAACAUGGGCCAAAGCUGAAACUACUAGUUCCCCGAAAGAAGAGAAAACAGUGUCAAAAGGAGAUAAGACAGACAAGAAAACACCCAAGAGCUGGAGCAGUCUGAAAAAAUUCAUUCUCCUCAAGAGAUUUGUCAAGGCAGUUGAAAAGGUGAGGAACCUCAAUUACCAGAAACCACAAUACCUGCCCUUGGAUCCUGAUUCAGAAGCAGAAAAAGUCAAUCUAAGGCAGCAGAAAACAGAAGAGAGAAAGAAUGCUGAGGAAUGGAUGCUUGAUUAUGCACUUCAACAGGUUAUAUCUAAACUACCUCCAGCUCAACAAAGAAGAGUUGCAUUGCUUGUAGAAGCUUUUGAAACAGUUCUCCCAUUUCCGGAAAUUAAAACUAGCCACAGGUCCAGUGCAAUAGAAUCCACUGAAGCAGAUCUUCAAGUCUGCAAUGGUUUUUCAGUUCCAAGUGCUGAUCACACGGGUAAAGAAAGUGAUUCUAGAAUUUCUGCUGAAAUCUUGGGUGGGAAUAUGUCCGGCUCUGAGAAAAGUUUCAAUGAGUAUCCAGCUCAGGCUAGGGAUGUUCAAGUGGAACACCAGCAAAGUCCAGUGAAUUUUUCUAAGCUCAAAGAACCAAGUACAGACCAUUGUUUCAUUAAAACGGAACGGGAUAUAGCUGCUCCUAAAGCCACUAAUGAAGACCAGAAGGAGAAUCAAAUUGUUUUUCUCAACACUGACGAUGGGGAUGACAAAGCCAUUGUUGGGAACGAUAUAAUAGAUUUUACCAAUGUUUCUUUAUCAGAAACCAAAGAUCCCAGGUCAUGUGAUGAAGCCUCCUUAAAGCAAGAUGAACAUGGUAGCACCAUUUAUGAAGGUCUGGUAAAUGAUACAGUUGAAGAAGCCUCCAAAGAAGUUACUUCAAUCACAAGUUUGGAACUUAGCAACUUGAAUUCCAAGGUGGAAAACAUUAAAUUGGAAACCAGUAAGUUAUUCAUCGAAACCGAUGACAAAUUUGAUUCAUCUGAGGAACAGAUCACUGAAAAUCCUGUGGAUUCAACAGCAAAUAACAUGGUGGUCUCUUUAGGUUCCAUAAAACCAACUGAGGAGACAAUGGCAGCAAGAGAAGAAGUGAGGGGAGGAGCUACGCCAGAAUCUGGACUCGUUGAAGGAUUUCCUCCCCUUGAAGAAUCUCAUUUGGAAUGCGAUACUAGUGCACCACAUGAAACCCAAUUGGAAAAGCAGAAAUACACAAAUUUAUGGUUCUUAGUAUAUAAGCACAUGGUAUCAAGUAUUGAUGCAAAAGAUGGAGACGAAUUCCUUGAUAGAGCAGAAGAGGAACAAGCAGAUGAUGCCAACAGAUUGCCUGGAAUAGACAACAAAAAGGUUGAACUCCGGCAUAUUGAAGCUAUCAAGCAGCAAGUAGAGAAAGCGAUUGAUGACAUUGUUCUUCCAGAGAACCAAGAUGAAUCAGAUGAUAAUAAGUCAAUCACUAGAGGCUUUCCAGACCACGAACCUCCAGAAAAUCAAGUUGACAUUCAAGGGAAAUCUUUCAUCUCAAUUUUCACAAACUCUGCCAGCUCUGCAAAAUCUGAUAAUGCUACCAUCCAAGAAGAAGAAAAAGCAGUUGCUAAGGUGGAAGAGAAACCUAACCAGAAAAUGUCAAAGAACUGGAGCAAUCUGAAGAAAAUGAUCCUGCUUAAUAGAUUUAUCAAGGCAUUGGAAAAUGUAAAGAAGUUCAACCCACAAGGGCCGCGAUAUCUGCCCUUGGAGCCUGACCUGGAAGCAGAGAAAGUUCAUCUCAAGCAUCAGAACAUGGAUGGGAGGAAGAAUUCUGAGGAAUGGAUGCUUGAUUAUGCCCUUCAACAGGCUGUUUCGAGAUUAACUCCAGCUCGCAAAAGAAAAGUAUCACUGCUUGUAGAGGCUUUCGAAACAGUCAUUCCAAGCAAUGGAAUUCCAAACCCAUUCAAGCCACAAGCUACUCACUGAUUUAAGGAAUGACAACUAGAAGCAGCUCUUUGGUUGGAUGACUCCACAACUUCAUAAUGAGCAGGCAUGUCCAUAGUAUAAAACCUCAGUUGAAAUAGUAAGCUGUAGUUUAUUGCGCCAUUUAAACGGCAGAAAGUAUACCGUAUGCAGAUGUAAGUCAUCAUGUUAUGAAGUUUGGAAAAUGGAUGAUGUAAUACAAUUCUUUUUAUUUCCUCUGUAGUUUGCCUUGGGGUUUAUUUGUGUUCAUACGUAUUAUUGUUGGGGGGGAAGGGGUUUCAAAACGCCAAUUUUGAGGUCAGUUUUGUAAAAAAUUCUUCAUAAAAGUUCAUAAAUCCUUAUACAGGUGGUGUUGUAAAUCUUUGAACUUCUGUGAUGGUAGCGUUUGAGAGAGUUCCACCUUUUAUAAGC